CACAAGUAGAAAGUUCCACUAAAACAUGUCCACACCUACAAGAUGCAGUCACUUCUUACCCUCUUUCUUACCCUCUUUCACACUUGUUACACUACUUUGUUACCCUCUUUCUUACCCUACUUCACACUUGUUACACUACUUUGUUACCCUCUUUCUUACCUUAUUACACUACUUUGUUACCCUCUUUCACACUUGUUACACUACUUUGUUACCCUACUUCACACUUGUUACACUACUUUGUUACCCUAUUUCACACUUGUUACACUACUUUGUUACCCUACUUCACACUUGUUACACUACUUUGUUACCCUAUUUCACACUCGUUACACUACUUUGUUACCCUACUUCACACUUGUUACACUACUUUGUUACCCUACUUCACACUUGUUACACUACUUUGUUACCCUAUUUCACACUCGUUACACUACUUUGUUACCCUACUUCACACUUGUUACACUACUUUGUUACCCUACUUCACACUUGUUACACUACUUUGUUACCCUACUUCACACUUGUUACACUACUUUGUUACCCUAUUUCACACUCGUUACACUACUUUGUUACCCUAUUUCACACUUGUUACACUACUUUGUUACCCUACUUCACACUUGUUACACUACUUUGUUACCCUAUUUCACACUCGUUACACUACUUUGUUACCCUACUUCACACUUGUUACACUACUUUGUUACCCUACUUCACACUUGUUACACUACUUUGUUACCCUCUUUCACACAUGUUACACUACUUUGUUACCCUCUUUCACACAUGUUACACUACUUUGUUACCCUCUUUCACACUUGUUACACUACUUUGUUACCCUAUUUCACACAUGUUACACUACUUUGUUACCCUACUUCACACUUGUUACACUACUUUGUUACCCUACUUCACACUUGUUACACUACUUUGUUACCCUAUUUCACACUCGUUACACUACUUUGUUACCCUACUUCACACUUGUUACACUACUUUGUUACCCUACUUCACACUUGUUACACUACUUUGUUACCCUACUUCACACUUGUUACACUACUUUGUUACCCUAUUUCACACUCGUUACACUACUUUGUUACCCUAUUUCACACUUGUUACACUACUUUGUUACCCUACUUCACACUUGUUACACUACUUUGUUACCCUAUUUCACACUCGUUACACUACUUUGUUACCCUACUUCACACUUGUUACACUACUUUGUUACCCUACUUCACACUUGUUACACUACUUUGUUACCCUCUUUCACACAUGUUACACUACUUUGUUACCCUCUUUCACACAUGUUACACUACUUUGUUACCCUCUUUCACACUUGUUACACUACUUUGUUACCCUAUUUCACACUUGUUACAGUAGCGAUGAGAUCAUGCUGGUGUCUGCAGGGAUGACUUUGUAAAACAUUGGACUUGUUUGAGAACAUUUUUGUCAUGUGAUUGUGACCCAUUCAUCCUUUGUUACCUUUUAUUUCUCACCUGUUACCUGAUUCAAUACUUCUUGCCCCAUUUAAUAUUUGACAGGACAAACAGGAUUUCAAAAUAAAAGCCCACAGGGAGGAGAGAGUGUUGAAUGGCUGCAAGUGUGGUUUAAAAUAAACAUUUCACUGAG